GCCAACGCAUGGACAGUGUUCUUGAUGGUGUCCGUGGGGAUGAUGUCAGAGUUGUCUCCAGUUAAAUAAUCCUUGUGGGACUUGAGUGUCAGCUCCACGUCCGCCUUGACCUCCACGAUGCUGUGGUGGCCCCCAUGUCUCCGGAUGGUCAACACCUUCACGCUGUUCUUGCCGUAGCCAGUUUGCACAAACUCCGCCUUUUGGGGAAAGAAGAGCAGUUAUUUUGGCAUGCACAUGAUCCUAGCUUGUGUUCCUGCCCAGGGCACACAUCUGGUCAGAUGACCCAAAGUUGUUUGUGGCAAACACAAAGUGGAUUUAAGCUGCGAGCAAAGCCAUAGCGUCAUGUUGUUGUGAGAGAGAGAAAGUCAUGUUGCAGUUGUCGGGCGUGUCGCCACAGGAGCGUGCAGAAUGAGGGUUCUUUGAAGCACCUGGCUGAACUACUGGUGUCACUUAAAAGAAGUGCGGAUCUGUGAUGAGGAGAAGGCCAAUGCAUUGAUGGACGACCAUGGCCGCCCUGCCAAGUGUGCUGCUGCUUGUGGGCCUGGCUGGGACUCAUGCUGCUUUCUCCUGCCUGGAUGAAGCUGGGGCGCCUGUCGACUGGUUCAUCAUUUACAAGUUGCCCAAAUACAAGAUUGGCGAGAACGGCAGUGGGGUGGACUACAUGUACCUGGACGCCUCAGGAGGCACCUGGCAACGGAGUAAGUUCAUGGUCAACACCACCCAAGGAGCCAUGGGAAACACCCUGAGUCAGCUGUACAGCAGUUACAAGGCCAACAGCUCAGCCUAUGCGCUCUACAACGAUGCCCCGCCUCUGCUCAAGUACGACCACGGAUACGGACACACCAAAGGAGUUCUGCUCGUUGACUCUUCUCAAGGCUUCUGGCUGUCCCACAGCAUCCCCCACUUCCCCUCCUUCCCAGAGAAGGGCUACCUGUACCCGAACUCUGGCAAGGUCAACGGCCAGACGGCUCUGUGUGUCAGCCUGCACUAUCAACAUGUCCUCCGUGUCACCCAGCAGCUGGUGUAUGUCUUCCCGCGUGUCUUUAACUGCUCCGUGCCCGCCGACUUCGCCGCCAAGCUGCCUGAGCUGGCACACUUGUGUGCUGGCAAGCGUCCAGUGCUGCCUUCGGAUAAGAACAUGGAGCAACUCUUCUCCCUGCAGGGAGAGAUGUUCUUCAUUUUUGCCAAAUCGGAACAUUUUGUUGAUGACAUCUACUCGGGCUGGCUGGCUCAGGUCUUCAACACCAGCCUGAUGGCGGAGACGUGGCAGACGCCGGAUUACCAGCUGCCUUCCAACUGCUCGCUAGCCAAUCACGUCUUGAACAUCAAGAGGAUCCGCCUCCCCGCGUCCGCACCGCACUCUUCGAGGUACGACCACUCCAAGUGGUGCGUGUCGUGGGCGUACCAGAAGCGGACGACAUGCUUGGGAGACCUGAACAGGGAGACCAGCCAGAUGCUGCGCGGCGGUUUGAUGGCGUGCUCCUUCAACCCUUUGAUGUACGCGGCCUUCAGACAGCUGGUGGACUGGUACAUGGGUUGUUGAUUUCACACCAGCAGGGAAUGGAACCAUCAAUUAUUCAUUUUUGAUCUAACAGUACUUUUAACCCUCUAGUCUACUUUAUUUAAAAAUAAAUUUAAAAAAGUGUUAUAUGUACCGGUAAGUCAAAUAUUAUUAUUUUUUAACUUUUUACACUUUAAAUUUUUUUUUAUAAGUACCAGUAAGUCACAUAUUAUUAUGUAUUUUACUUUUUGCACCUUAAAAAAAGUGUUAUAAGUACCAAUAAGUCACUUUUUUUUUUUUUACUUUUUACAUGUUAAAAAAAAGUGUUAUAAGUACCGGUAAGUCACAUAUUAUUAUUAUUUUUUAACUUUUUGCACAUUAAAAAAAGUGUUGUCAGUACCGGUAAGUCACAUAUUAUUUGUUUUACCUUUUACACAUUAAAAAAAGUGUUAAAAGUACCGGUAAGUCACAUAUUAUUUAUUUUUUU